CUUUCACCAGGAAUUAAGCACCACACUAAAACAUUGAAUCUACCUAAUGACCAUCUCUCAGGAAUUCCGACCGCUGCAGGUCCUCAUCGUCGGUGCCGGCAUUGCGGGGUUGACGGCUGCCAUUGCUUUGGGCCAACAGGGUCAUCAAGUUGUGAUUAUCGAAAAAUCCAAGUUCGCCCGGGAGACGGGCGCCGCCAUCCAUGUGCCUCCCAAUUGCACUGCUCUGUUGAACUGGCUGGGCAUUGACCCCAAAGACUUUGGUGGCACCUUGUUGGAACAGAUUCACCGAUAUGACCAAUUCGGAAACUUGAAGUACCUGAAAGACUUUGCUGAAAUCCGACAGAAAUGGCAAGCAGAAUGGUAUCUGGUCCAUCGAGUCGACCUCCACAAUUACCUCAAGCUGUGCGCCAUCCGGACAGCCACUCUCCACAUGGGCUGCAAGAUCGUCAACAUUAAUGUUGACAGUCCGCGCCCUUCCGUGACUCUCGACAAUGGCGAGAGAUAUGAAGCAGAUCUUCUUCUUGGGGCUGACGGUCUGCAUUCCGUCGUCCGUGAGGUGAUCGGACAGACACCCCCUCCUCCAUUCCCGGCUGGCAAGUCGUGUUUCCGAUGGAUUCUCCCGACAGAGAAGCUGCGCCAUCUCCCUGCCACUCAGGAAAUUGUGCGCGAUCCCGGAGUGUUCGUCGAAUGGGCUGGUGAUGAUCGCCGACUCGUGGCCUAUCCCUGCUCUGAUAAUACAAUGUUCAAUAUGUGUGGUUUCCUUCCCACUGCCGAAGCCGGUGAUGCCGCUGAAGGCUGGCAAGCGGUCGGGAACAGGAAUGCCCUUAUUGCUGGAUUCUCCGAGUUCAGCCCGGAAGUCAGGGAGCUCGUCCACGCAGCGGACGAGAAUCUCAAGGUCUGGGAGCUGUACGAUAUGAAGUCUCUCCCAUCGUGGGUGAGAGGAUGCUCUGCUUUACUGGGCGACGCAGCGCACCCAUUCCAGCCUUACAUGGGUCAAGGAGGUGCCAUGGCCAUCGAAGAUGCGGUAUCCCUAGCGGUGCUGCUCCCAGCUGGAACCCAAGUCCACGAGAUUCCGGCUCGGCUGGCCCUGUACGAGAAAGCAAGACGAUCGCGUGUCGACCUGGUCCUGGAAUAUACACGCAUCAAUGGAGUCGAUGAGAAUGACACGACCGUCAGGCGCAUUACCGCUGCCGAGAUGGUCAAAUUCAUGGGCAUAUUGUUUUCGCAUAACGAGGUGCAAAGCUCAGGAGAGCUACUUGCUUCA